CGUCCGCGAGCGUCACGAUCUGCGCGGGGCCGAGCCCGACUUUUUUCCGAUAUAUAAUACAUACCUAUAUACCUAUACAUGUAUAUAUAGAUACAUGCAGAGAGGCUUAUAGUGUUGUCGCGCGCGCGACUCUGACCGAGAAAAAGCAGGCCAGCUAUAUAUCUAUGUAGCUGUCGAUCGAGAGAGAGAGAGAGAGAGAGCGCGAGUGAGACGGAGAGUGCGCGCGCGAGGGAGCGACUAGCGACCGCGGGCGCGACUAUAUACCUACCUACUACCUACUCUCUCUCGGUGGAGGCUUCUUUUUUUCUAUGUAGGUCGAUCGAGUUUUCGAGGCCCGCGUGCGCCGCGUCUUCGACGAGUGUGUGUGCCAGAGGGAGAUAUGUCCAGGCCCGAGGAGCGAGCACGAACAGCUGGCUACUGCUCCGUGGGCCGCUGCUGCUUCAGCUGACAGCCAAUUAGUGCAACUCGAAUGUAUAAGGGGGACGCAUCAGCAAGGCGAGAGCGACGUUCCAAAACAAGCCACGAGCAGGCAGGAAACUACUGUUGGACGAGCCUAGGCAUAUAUUACAACACGUCGUUGACGCGUAUAUCAGUGUUUCCAAGUACCUAGUGCGCGCAUCGCGAGGAAGUCUCUCGCUCCCGUGUGCAACGAGUGACGACGAGUGUGCUGGUGCUGCAGUUCGAUGGGCUUCCGAGGAUCUAUGACGUUCGCGCGAUCAAAGCUCCGUGUUAUGGUGCCGAUGGCUGGAUAGACAUCAGCGAGAGUGAGAGAGAGAGAGAGAGAGAGAGAGAGAGAGAGAGAGAGAAAGAGGAGUGGACUGCUGCUUUACGAAAUCGUGAAUAUAUAUCCGAGAGACCUCGUUAUGUGCAUAUCGAUGUGUUGUGCGAUGCGGAGGAGGCAGCGAGUGCGGAAUCUAUCAUGCUGGUGUCUGGGUAAGCGAUGAACGUAUUCCGGGCCCUGAUCCCGUGUGCACUGCAGCGCAGUGGCGAAAGUGGAGCUGGUGGGGAAGGCGACAGCAGCAGUGGUGGUUGCUGGUUCACAGGAAGAGGACAGGGCGAUGAUUCACGCAUGACCCAUAGAAUGGGAGCAUCAGCCUCUUCGAGCCUUGCGCCCGUCGGAGGAGACUCGGUGCAGGCAGCCAGGCUUUCAGCCUCUGGCAAUCCUGAUCCACUGAGUAUUAUUGUUCGGGAGAGAAAAAAGCGCGUAACGGGAUUUGCAACGCUGCGAAAGAAGUUCAUAAGGCGACGGCGCUCGUCAAAGGCCUGUGACCAUGGCCGCAUAAUUCGCGAGCUUGUCUCAAGCUGGAGUCCUUUGGAAGCGAGCGCCUUGCUGGAGGAAUACGAAGCGUUAGCUGCCCUCAAGGACCUGCACGUGCAAGCGGAGCUGGCCAGGCCACCCGCCGCCACCUUCAAGCAGGACCUCUCGACACUCUAUGACUACAAGUACUGCACAGACGUCGAUCUCGUCUACAGGGGCGCCUGCUUUCCCGUACACCGGGCGCUUCUUUCGGCGCGAUGUCCAUACUUCAGAGACUUACUCGCUGGUUGUCCGGGAUACGGGGCUCGCAUAUGCUUGGAGUUACGGAGCCACAACAUCGAGGUGUCGAUGUUCUCGGGUCUACUGCGCUACCUGUACACGGGUGACGUGUGCCCGCACGAUGGCUCCCUCGAUGCGGGCCUACUGCGCCGGCUCGGCGAGGAGUUCGGCAAUCCCAAUCCUCUGGAGCACGACUUGCGCUACCUGUUAGACACGGGAAAUUACGCGGACGCAGCCCUCGUCUUCACCUCGGACAGCGAUUACCAAAGACCGGACAGCGGCAGUAGCGAAUACGGCUUCAGGCCAAAGCUGGAGCUGCCCUGCCACAAGGCCAUACUCUCGGCUCGCUCGCCCUUCUUCCGCAAUCUCAUCCAAAGGCGAACGAGAUCUGGCGAGGACCAUACGGAGCGCGCGCUGCACAUACCCACGCGGAUAGUCCUAGAUGAGUCGGUUAUACCCAAGCGAUAUGCCCACGUGCUACUGCACGCCGUCUAUCUCGAUACGGUUGACCUCUCGCUCAUACUCCGGGGCAGCGGCUGCGGGAACAGCGCUGGCAGUCUAAGCGAGGUUCAGGCGUUAACACAUACGGGUCGAAUGCGACCUAGUCCAUUAGAGGAAGCCAUGGAAUUAUAUCAAAUAGGUCGAUUUCUCGAGUUAGAUAUUCUUUCACAAGGCUGUGAAGAUCUCAUUUUGGAAUGGCUCACGUUAGACUCUCUUCCGACGGUUCUCAAGUGGGGCAGCCAACCUCACGGCUCGGCGUGGGUGCACCGGCAAGCGCUGCAUUACCUUAGAGAGGAAUUCCAGCCGGUAGCCUCGUCGCCGAUCCUGCAUCAGCUCGAUCAUGCGCACCUGUCGAACGUCCUGCAAAGUCACUUUUUGCAGGCUAGCGAACUCGAAGUGCUCCAGGCAGUGCUGAAAUGGGGUGAGCAGGAACUCGUUCGACGAAUGGAGGACAGGGAACCGAACCUUCUGAGCCACACUGUUCACUCAGUCGCGAGAAAGGGCGUUAAGAAACGGGAUCUCAGCGAUAUCGAGCUCCGCGAGAUACUUAGCGAACUUCUGCCGCUCGUCAGGAUGGAUCACGUUUUACCGCCGAAUAAUGAAAUACUUGCGCAGGCUAUUAGGAGAGGAUUGGUAUCCACUCCACCGAGUCACAUGAUCGGCGACGAAAGGGAGAACUUGAGAAUAAACGCUUGGAUAAGGGGUGGAAAGAAAAACGGAUUAUUCGUGCGGCCUCGUCUUUUUAUGCCAUAUUAUGAAGAAAUAAAGGCUCUAGUCGAAGAACAAAUGGUUCAAGAAGCAGAACUAGUAAGGCUGAGAAGAGCAAGAUACAUCCAUGAUAUUCCUGACACAUUGUAUAUGGUUGACGAAAAACCAAGGGUAAUGGGAGCUGCUGGAGUCGAUAUUUUGGCAGCUGCUCUACCAGUUCCAGAUUCUGCUACUAUGUCAGCUAUGCUGAAGCGCGAACAAAAACUGAGACAAUCUCCCAGUUGUCAACGAGCCAUCAGCUUACCGCUAUCGUCGCGUCAUGAAAUCAACAGACAAUUGCGAUUGCGUGUCGUCAGAGAAUUCAACUUACCCGACGCGGUGGCUGAUCUUCUCGAAAACGCAGCGUGCUACAGCCUGGGAGAGUCGGACGCGAAUUCGGUAUCAGCCGACGAGGACUGCGGCUCCAUGAUGGGCCUGGGCGGUAACAGUGGUCUCGGCGCCUCUGCGGCUAUCUGUUACGGGCGUAAUAUGACUUUCCCGCGACAUGCAGCCUCCUACGCACACAGACACCACGAGCUGCCAGCCAUCGUCACCGAAGGAGAGAACUACAGACUUUCCGCCGAGCACCUGGAGAGCAACUCUUGCAGCGACGGCCACCUCUCGGGCAUAAUGCCGGACGUGGCAAUGGCCACUGCCUCUUUCGGGGCCCUCCAGCUCGUCGAGCAGCAGGAGCUCGAGCUCGACCUCGGUGAUGGCGCUUCCCACCUGCUACAACAGCAGCAACAGCAGCAUCAGCACCAGCAGCAGCAUCAGCACCAGCAUCAUCAGCAGCAGCAGCAACAGCAGCAGCAGCAACAGGCCUCGUCUUCCGCCGGAGGCGGCGGCCAGCUUCACCGUCCCCUUCUUCCGCACCAACGCCAAAGACACUUUCCCGGGCUGCCGCCCGCACCCUACAUGUACCACCGUUCUGCCGGUGGUCUGCCGCGAUUUAUAUAGGACGAACUGAAUUGUCGUCGACAUCGCGACUGCCCCGACGAUUCAUACGAGAGGAUGAUCUAUCGAUAGAGGUAAAUCAAAGCGAGUUUUUUUAGGGCAGCCAAGGCGUCUGCGUGCGCUUGUUUAGAGUGCUGCCUCUUGGGAACUCGACUUUGUAAGUUAUAUCGUCCUGGGACUUUUGAUUUUUUGAUAUUUCAUUCUUUGUAAUGCGCAGCACGCUUAUCCGUACAAGCGGAGGGCCGACAGAGCCGAGGAAACGAACAGUGUAAACAAACGGUUAAGAACAAAUAUUCGUCUCUCGUGUAAGAAAUGUAUAUACUGCCUAUAUAAUCUGUAAUUUGUCAUACCAGGGUGACGCGCAUUCCAGUGGCUAAGCGGCGGCGAGCGCGUCGUUUUGCUUCUCUCGUAUUUAGUCAAUUUCAUAAUUUAUAUUUGGAAGAUCUGAUUAAUUUUAAAUUUGAAUCGCGUGAGUUCUGUUGUUAUGAAUACAACUUUUCUUAACUUGAACUUGUUAGCAGCAAAUAUUGCGAAAUUUUAUUUAUUAUUGUUAGAAAAAGUUUGAUUUUUACGUUAAAAUUAAAAACUAUUCAAUCUCUUAGAACACUGGGUAGUCCGUUUUCACGAGCUAUAAGAAAAUCCUUGAUUUUCCGUCAUCUAUAAAUAUCGCAGAAACGUGAGUGAUUUACUAAAGCAAAUAGAGUAGAAAAUAGAAAUAUGCCCAUUAUGAAGAGUACCUUGAAAAGAUCUGAAAGCUCUAUAAAUAUUUAUUCUAUGGGCAAAUUUGUUUUCAUGGUUGGGCUUUUAGCAACGUUAUUGUUAUUAAUAAUUAUUCAGAUAUCACGGGACAAUUAUAAUGAAUCUAAAUUUGGUGGAUAAAAGACUAUGGUAUACAAGUGCGUUCAAGACUUCUCUUCGCUUGCGUAGCCAAUGAGAGUGCGCGCCACUUGUGUUCACGUGCGUUGCACACGCGCGUGUGCGUGUAUUAUAUCGAUUUUUGCGCGAUUAUAACUGAAUCACGCGAAUAUAUGUAUGUGAAUGUGAGUGUGUGUAUGUAUGAAUGCAUUUAUUGAUACAACGAUAAUCGUUUAUAGAAUUUUGCUGAUAUACUAUUGGUAAUAACCCAGUGGUCUUUCCGCGUUGCAAAUUUUACAAAAUGGUUUUUUGACUCGUAUCUUAUGAUAUUUUUUUUAUUAGCAAAAAUUUGCGUUAUGCAUUAAAUAGUUUCUUGCAAUGCAUUAAUAAAUUUUUUGACUGAAUCCUGAAA